CACCCCAUCACCUCACUACUGCCGUGAGAUCUGGCCGAGUGCCUCCAUCAUUUCUUAAUCUCGUUGUCUGCCCUCCUCGUCCGUUCUGUGAUUGCUUUUUCGCAAAGAAAUCCUCCACGUCCUCACAACUGCGAAUAUGUGGAUCAUCAAUUGGUUCUACGAUAUCCUCGCCUCUCUAGGCCUCCUCAACAAGCAUGCCAAACUCCUCUUCCUCGGUCUCGACAAUGCGGGAAAGACGACAUUAUUACACAUGUUGAAGAAUGACCGAGUCGCGAUCCUCCAACCAACGUUACAUCCUACCUCCGAAGAACUCGCUAUUGGCAACAACAGAUUCACAACUUUUGAUCUAGGAGGUCACCAGCAAGCACGCCGGCUUUGGCGCGACUACUUCCCCGAAGUAUCGGGCAUCGUCUUCCUCGUUGACGCAAAGGACCACGAACGUCUGCCUGAAGCCAAAGCCGAACUCGACGCCCUCCUGGCCAUGGAAGACCUCGCAAAGACGCCGUUCCUGAUAUUGGGCAACAAAAUCGAUCACCCGGAUGCCGUGUCAGAGGACGAAUUGAGACACCAGUUGGGUCUGUACCAGACCACGGGGAAGGGCAAGGUGCCGCUCGAGGGGAUCAGGCCGAUUGAGGUGUUUAUGUGCAGUGUUGUCAUGAGGCAGGGUUACGGAGAGGGGAUCAGAUGGCUGGCGCAAUAUGUUUGAAAGAUUGCAGAGCAGAUGAUGCAUAAUGACAGAAAAGAGGCGAUUUCGACAGUCUCCAGCGACCGAUACAUUUCAUCUGUCGAGCCACAAUCCCCAUAGUCCUUUGUCACCGUUCGUCAGGCAGGCAGGCAGGCAAUCAAUCAAGUCCAAUUCAUCAGACCCAUCCAUGCAUCCAUCCCUGCAUUCAUGACGCAUCAACGCAUUCAAGACCCCUCGAGCAGCAGACAGGAAUCAAUCCGACAAGCCACAAUUCCCCUUUUGCAUCAAGAUCCCGACCAUUUCAACGCCGUCAAGCACCAUGCCGCGAGACGAUACCAGCCCUUGAUUUCCUUCCACUGCGCUAGCUAGCUGCUGAUAGGGAAUCCAACGGAAUAAAAGAGACAGAAUAGAAACCCCGAAGAGGAAAGGGAGAAAGAAAAAAAAAAGGCCCACAUGAGACGAGGAUGAACGACCCACAGAGAGAGGGGGGGGAGAGAGAGCGCGCGAGAUGGGAAAAUCCAACCCAAAGAAUCCAAAAGUAAACAGAACGGGGCCCGCCCAAAUUCUCAAGAAAUCCAAGAAAGAGACAAGCGAGAGCGACAAAGAGACAGAAACCCCCAAUUGUUAGAUCGAGGAAUGAAAAUACAAGCCGUGUCAAACUGAUGGGUUGAGAGCACCCUCCAAACCACUCGCAGAAAGGGGGGGGGGAGAGAGAGAGACAGAUGUACCGAGUACAUGCCGUCCAGACUCGACGCCACUUGAUAUCUAUGGUAUCUACCUAUCUGGACACCUAAAACGUAAGUCUGAGGUCUGUUCGAGGAGAUCAGUAUGUAUCCAUCCAGAUCACACUGAAGGGAAAAAAGGCGUGUGAUG